ACCUGCUGUUUGUAGUCGAUAGUUUCGGUUGCAGCAAACAAAACACCGGGGCCCUUGCGUUUACCGCCAAAAACGAAGCUGUUAAAAAAGCCGGCAAUUUAUUUAUAGCCAAUAUGGUUGAUUCAAGUAAAACGCAUGAACAGCGCAAGCCUAGCGCCGACACAUUCCUGCCCCUCAGCCGGGUGCGCACCAUCAUGAAGAGCUCCAUGGACACGGGCCUAAUAACCAACGAAGUGCUCUUCCUAAUGACCAAGUGCACCGAGCUAUUUGUGCAGCACUUGGCCCGCGAGGCGUACACGGCGUCCAGUGCCAUACAGAAAAGCGAUACGCUCAAAUACGAGCAUUUGUCGCAACUGGUGAACAAGAGCAAAAAUCUGGAGUUUCUGUUACAAAUUGUGCCCGAAAAGAUACGCGUGCACGAAUUUCAGGAAAUGCUGCGCCUCAAUCGCUCCAACGCCAACGCCAGCGACGAUGACGAUGAUGAGACUGGCACCGAAUCGGAGUCGGAAGAUGAAUAACCAAAUGGCACACUUAAGCGGAGCACACGUCGAUAAACAAACCGGCAGCAUUAACACUGCAAUUGGCAGUUGCUACGAGUUAUUAGAUUGCAGCUAGUUUAAUAAUUGUGAAAUUUGUAUGACUGACAGCUAUUUUGUUUAGUUGCUAAGGUAAACGAUUUGUUAAAUAAUACGUAUAGCUUAAGCGAAAACUCAGAUUAUUAUGGCAACAAUAGACAAUCCAUAUUUAUAUACUCAAAAA